AAAUUUAAAUUAGAAGUGUAUAGAAAGCCUUAUGAUACAUUUAAAUAUUCAAUACUCAUUACUUGUGCACUCAAUGGUAUUAUUAUGUAUCAAUAAUGUGCAAAUUUACAAAAGAUUGUUCUGUACAAUCAAUGUUCAAUACUUUAUACAAAUUUGGCCUUGGUGUCUGAGAGUAUGAAAGUUAAUUGAAAAAUAAAACAACUUAUUAUUUUGGCUAUUUAAAUUAAAUAGAUAAUUAUUAUUCUAUUACAUAAUUAUUUAGAGUAGAUUUUAUAGAAAUAGUAUACCAUAGUUAUUGUCCGUUUUAAAGCAGUUAAAUGAGCGGCAACAAAAAACGUUUUACUACAAAAUACGGAACAAUGUCUCAUACCAAAAAGUUUGAUUCAUUUUCUGAGAAAGAAGACUCAGUACCAAUUGGAUCAUUAAAUAUUUUAUCAGCAAAGUAUGAGAGUUUAGAUUAUGAAGUUGUUGAAAACUAUGUUUAUCGCGAGGAAGAGCGAAAAAAAGGUUACCCUUUUGUAGUGAAGAAAAAUGUUGUAAGAUGGAUUAUUUUUUUUUGGAUUGGUGUAAUCACUGCUGCCGUUGGUAUUAUUAUUGAUUUAUCAAUAGAAACUAUUGCGGGUUUGAAAUUUAAUCAUGUUAAAAAAUAUAUUGACAAAUGUAAUCAAUCAGACUGUUUAUGGAAACCAUAUUUAUUAUUGUUGGCUUACAAUAUUGUACCAGUUUUAAUUGGUUCUACAUUAGUUGCUUAUGUUGAACCAGUUGCAUUGGGAUCUGGAAUUCCUCAAGUAAAAUGUUACCUCAAUGGAAUUAAAAUACCAAGAUUAGUUCGAAUAAAAACUUUAUUUAUAAAAGUUAUUGGUGUAAUUACCACUGUUGUAGGUGGCAUGUGCGGAGGAAAGGAAGGUCCGAUGAUUCAUGCAGGUGCUGUUGUAGCUGCAGGAAUUUCCCAAGGAAAAAGUACCACGUUUAAUAAAGAUUUUGGUGCUUUAAAUUACUUCAGGGAGGAUCACGAGAAAAGAGAUUUUGUGUCUGGAGGUGCUGCUGCUGGAGUCGCAGCUGCUUUUGGUUCACCAGUUGGUGGUGUAUUAUUCAGUUUAGAAGAAGGAGCUAGUUUUUGGAAUCAAGGGCUUACUUGGAGAAUAUUUUUUGCAUCUAUGAUUUCAACAUUUACACUAAAUUUAGUUUUGAGUGCAUAUCAUGGCCAUCCUGGUGAAUUAACAUUUUGGGGCUUAUUGAAUUUUGGCAAGUUUAGCAAUUUUGCGUUAUCUUAUGAAAUGUUUGAAUUACCAAUAUUUGUUUUUAUGGGAAUUAUUGGUGGACUAACUGGAGCAUUAUUUUGUCAUCUUAAUUAUAAACUCACCGUAUUCAGAAUGAGGCAUUUGGUGGAUCGUUGGAAGAAAGUUUUAGAAGCAGUUCUGGUUUGUUGCUGUACAGCAACUGUAGGAGUUUUGUUAAUGUUGUGGCAAAAUGAUUGCAAACCUUUGGGCCUUGAUCCAACAAAAAAUCCUGUUCAGUUAAAUUGUAAUGAUGGUGAAUAUAACUCUAUGGCGUCAUUAUGGCUUCAAGUUCCUGAAGCAUCAGUUAGAUCUUUUUUCCAUGACCCAACAGAAUCACUCGAUGCAACUACAUUAGUGUAUUUCGCCAUUUCUUUUUAUCUACUUACAGUUUGGACAUAUGGCUUAAGUGUUAGUGCUGGCCUUUUUAUUCCAUGUUUAGCUACAGGUGCAGCAUGGGGACGACUUAUCGGACUUGGAGUUCAGUGUGUAUUUCCAAAUGUAGAUGUUGGAAAAUAUGCAUUGGUUGGUGCCGCAUCACAACUUGGUGGUGCUGUUCGCAUGACCAUCAGUCUUACGGUUAUAUUAAUUGAAGCAACUGGGGAUAUAACAUUUGGUUUACCACUUAUGAUUUGUCUUCUAACAGCAAAAUGGAUUGGUGACUAUUUUACAGAGAGUAUUUAUGACAUUCACAUACAAUUGAGUGGAAUACCGUUGAUGGCUUGGGAUCCUCCACCACUAUCAUCAAAUAUUUAUGCUAGCGAGGUCAUGUCAUAUCCUGUCACAGUGUUUAAAUCAAAAGAAUCAGUUGGAAAAAUUGUUGACACUUUAAAAAAGUAUACAUAUAAUGGAUUUCCAGUAGUGGAUGAUGUUUUCAGCGCUGAUACGGAAGGAGGUAACAAUAAACCUAAUGGUCGCUUACGUGGAUUGAUACUUAGAUCUCAACUUAUUGUACUGUUACAAAACAAAGUAUUUAAUGAGAUUCCUUCUGCUUGGGAUAAUGUUUCUUUGACUACUUUCCGAAAAGAUUAUCCGAGAUAUUCAAAUAUAGAUAAUAUCGAAGUCUUGGAUAGUGAACGACAAUAUACAGUUGAUCUAUUAAGAUUUAUGAAUCCAUCUCCAUAUGUCGUACAGCUUAUGGCAUCAUUGCCAAGAAUUUUUCGACUUUUUAGAGCAAUGGGCCUUAGACAUAUUGUUGUCGUUAAUGAUUCAAAUGAGGUAAUUGGUGUUGUGACCCGUAAAGAUCUUACCCGUUAUAGAGUAUGGAGACAUAGAGGGUCAAUUGGUGUUGAAGAACUUAAAGUGUCUGCUAAAUUGUGAUAACUUUUCUUAUUCAAAUUAAUCUAUUCUUAUACUAUAUUCCAUUAACUACGAAAGUUAUCAUUCUUUAUUGUACAUUAGUCGUUAUAUUUUAUCAAAAUAGUAUGAUGUUCUAUAUUUUACUUAUUUAACAAAUGUCAAUUUAUCAGCAUUAUUAUAGAAAAUAUUUUUUAAAAUUUAGUGUAAAUCAAUUGUCCUUAAACUGUGAUACCCAGGGCCAUGUGGUAGGAGUACCACACAGAUUAUUAAACCAAUAUUUUACAUUUGUUUGUAACAGAUCUAAUAGCUAUUAUAUUAUGUUAGGUGUUUUUAGAUACUUAAUACAUUUUUAUAUGUACAUAAAUUAUUAUUUUUAUGCAUUAUAAUUUUUAUAAAUGUAUUUUAAUAGUUUUAUUUAGUUCUUAUAUAUUCAUUUGUGACACAACAUACAAGACUGAUCCAAAAUAAGUUAAUUCAAAUGUUUGGGAACCUCUGGAAUAAAUAACAUGUGAUAACUGUAAAAUAUAAUUUUGGUAUGAAAGAGAA